AUGGCGGUGCUUAAACAGAAGUCUGUCUUGGAUAUGAUUAAAGAGUUUAGAAAUAAUUGGCAUACUCUUUGUAACUCUGAGAGAACUACUCUUUGUGGUGCAGACUCCAUGCUCUUGGCAUUGCAGCUUUCCAUGGCAGAGAACAACAAACAGCACAGUGGAGAAUUUACAGUCUCUCUUAGUGAUGUCUUACUGACCUGGAAAUACUUACUCAAUGAGAAGUUGAACUUACCAGUUGAAAAUAUGAAAGUGACUGACCAUUAUGAGGACAUUAAGAAGUCUUAUGAUGAUUUCUUGAAGAAUAGUAAUAUGUUGGAUCUGAUUGAUGUUUAUCAAAAAUGUAAGGCUUUGACUUCUGAUUGUGAAAUUAAUAACACAAUAUCUUCUGUAAGUAUUUUUAAAAUGAUUCUAUUUUAAUCAAAUUAAAAUUCAGCUAUAUUUAUAUUUAUUUUAAACUUUAAUAUCACCACUUAGAGCAACUUGAUAAUGAUUUUACUUUUGGGAUCAUUUUAAGAAUGGAAAAUUUAGCUACCUGAAAGCUAGUUAUUACUUGAAAGAAAUCUUUUGGUGGCAAAUUUUGCUGGAUUUGUGUUACUGUUAUUUGGUCGGUAUAUAAUCAACUUCUUGCUAGAUUAGAACAUUUGUAACAAGGAAACUAGUCUCAAAUGCUGGAUUUCUUUUUGAAUUAUGUCAAAGAUUGCUUUUCUAUUUUACUUUCUUGGUUUAAUGUGCAUCUGUUCAUUUGGCAUAUAUUGUAUAAAAGAUUGGUAUGAUUCUCUGGAUUAAGAAUAUUAUUUUACUAUAGGGUAUCAUUAAUAUUGAGAAUAAUAUGAUGCAAUAUACAUGGGAUAAUAGAUUAUACCUUUUUUGCACAAGCAUAUUUUUUAAAUGGGGUGUAAGUUUAAAAAUUAAAUGGAGUAGCAUACCUUGCA